GUUUUUCUAUAACUGCGGUUUAUCUGACUGAAUUUACUUUACAUGAAAAUAUCUUACACACAUUAAAAAACAAGAAACUGCAAUAAAAUUGUAUUAUUUUAAAUAGAUAUGACUUUGCUUGAAGCUGCAGAGACCACAAUACCUAAGGUAAUAGCUGUUGAAAAGUUGUUUGACAUUCCAAAUGGAUCAGGCAACGAUUAUAUUGAAUUUGAGUCUUUAAGAAGCGAUGAACCAGUAACAGAAGAGACUGUUUUAGAAGAAAUUACCCUUGAUAUGCCAAUUAUCAUUACUGAAGUAAAAACUAUGAACAAAAAUAAAUCUGAUCUGACUUAUGGGGUAUCAGAAUUUCAAGAUUAUUAUGAAAACAGAAUCUUUGUUGAACAGCCUGAAGCAGAAAGAGUCGCAACAGUAGACAACAAUAUACAUAUUGAAAGUCUGCCAAUUACUAUUAUUGAUGCAACAAUGGUGACCACUAACAAAACUGACCUUCCCUAUGGGGCCACAGAUUUUCAAAAUACAUAUGAAAGUUGUGAAUUGGUUAUACAGCCCGAGACCGAACCAAUAUCAUCAAGAGAACAGAACGAUCCGCAACUUCAUUUAAAUCUACUCCACCGUAAUUCUCAAAUGACUCCAGUCUGUCGAUUUCUUGAUCAUUCUGACGCUGAAGAAGACCCUUUUAUCGGUGAUGAUCAACUCAAUGAUCCUGAUUUUAUACCUCCAAUAGAAACGGAUUCAGAUCGCGAUUCAGAAGAGCAUAUCAUACCUCCGAAAAAAACUAAAAUAAAUAAUCAGAACUCCGCAGGCGAUAAUCAUCCGCAGCCUUUUGCUGUAUUAAGUAAACGAUGCCGAAAGAUUAGAAAAGAGAGAAAGGAUAAAAGAAACUCAGGUCAGUCGUACGUAACUGAAACUGGGAAAAUGAUAUCUGAGAAAAGAUUCCGGAUUGUCGGCGAAAGUGUAAGAAUCGGUUUGAUUACAAUUUAAGAAAAGGAUUGUUUGACUCAUUUUGGUCAAUGAAUAGUAGAAACAGAAGAUCUGAUUAUCUCAGCGGCUUGAUAACAUCUGGCCCUAAAGCAACUCAGAGAUUGCGACAUCAGAACGGACCUCUAAGAAAUCGUACUCUAAGUAACGUGUAUAAUUUAAAAGUCAACGGCGAUUUGCAACCCAUUUGCAAAACUUGUUUUCAAAAGACAUUUGAUGUCACCGACGGAUUUAUAAAGUAUAUGUUAGCUUCAAGAUCAGUACAUUUACUGAUCUUGAAGCUAACAUUAUAUCUUGAAGCUAACAUUAUAUCUGCUAUUCCUGCAUCAUUAUGCAGGAAUAGCAGAAAUGGACCGAAGGGGUAUUAAUCCGCCAAUUUCAAAAACAUCAGAUGAACGAAGAAGUCUAGUCAUUGAUCAUAUAAAUUCUUUUAAAUCAAUAUCUGGCAGCAAAUUUAAAUGUUCGUUUGAUGUAUUCUUUAUACAAAGAGCAAACUACUACUCCUGUAUCGUAUGAUAUCUACAGACAGAUUUUUAACGAUAUGAAUUUGUCUUUUAAGUUGCCACACAAUGAUACGUGCAAUACAUGUGACACUUAUUGUUUAAAACUAAAAAUAGCUACCAGUAAUGAAGAUCGGGAGGUCAUUCAAACUGAAUGGAAUAAACAUAAGGAUAUAGCUGAUAAGCAUUAUCUAGCUAAAUCCCAAGACAAAGGGGAAGCGAAAAUAAACAAAUCCACAAAGAUGAUAUCGUUUGAUCUUCAGCAAGUUCUAGCAACUCCCCACAUUCAAACAAGUAUUAUGUUCUACAAACGUCAGUUAUCCGUUUAUAAUUUGACAAUUUACGAAGGGACAGAAAGUAUUGCACACAAUUUUUUGUGAGACGAAACCAUAGCUGGCCGAGGGGCAAAUCAGAUAGGUUCCUGUUUAUAUAAAUAUUUUAUGGCUUUGCCUGAACAUAUUUCCCAUGUUGUCAUGUAUUCAGAUACAUGUACAGGGCAAAACCGAAAUUCGCACAUAGCUGCUAUGUGUUUCUCAGUUCUGCAGCAGCACCCCUUUCUUAAAGUAAUUGACCAUAAAUUUAUGCUAAGUGGACACGCCCAUAUGGAAUGUGACACCGCACAUGCUAUGAUUGAAAAGAAAAAAAAAGGACGGAUAUGAGAAUUCACCACCCACGUGAUUGGGCUCAGCUAAUCCGUUCUGUCGGGAAGAAGGGAACAUUUUUAGUCACUGAGAUGCUGCAAGCAGAUUUUUAUGAUUUUAAGGCCCUUUACAAUCAAAAGCUUCAAGUUAAAACCCGAAAUUCUGAAAACGAAAAGUUUAUAUGGCACGAUGUUCAGUGGUUGAGAUUGACAAAAGAUCAGAUUGGCGUAAUGCAAUAUAAAACCUCUGUUGACAUAGAUGAACCUUUUAAAAGUAUUUCUUAUCUACGAAGGCGGCAAAAUAACCCGGAUUUAGUACCUCAACCCCAAUACACAGCAUUUUUACCAAUAUCUAAAGAGAAAAAGAAAAAUUUGUUAAGUGUCUUACAUUUGAUAGAUCCUGUAUUUCAUGAUUAUUACAAAAACCCACCCACCUCUUCAGCACAAAAAAAUGGGUCUGAUGGUUCUGAAGAAGAUGAGUAGUGUAUUGGUCAAUUUUCAUAUAUUUCAUCUUAAUAUUGCGUCGCAGAAUAUAUUAUUAGGAGGUUUUAGGAUGUUAGGAGAACUCUUUACGAUAUUUUGAUAUGUUUAAAAAAAAAACUUUAAAUAAAGUUUAAAAGUUGA